AUGGCCUCGUCUGCCUACGUUUCAGCGGCCUUCGCCGUCUCCUCCCCGAUACAGCAUCACAACCACCGCCGCCCCCACAUCUCUUCGAGCACCUCAAGCAAACGUCCUUUCCAUCCGCAACCUCGUCCAUAUUCAACCGCAUCCCUGUCGUCCUGCCGAUGCGCAUCUCCGCAAUCCAAACCAGAUCCUCCUCCAUCUCCAUGGCGUCGAGCUCUGGCCGCCGCCGCUGUCGCCGCCACUCUUCUUCAAAGACCUAACCGAGUCUCUGCUGCCGAGUCCUCGACCUUGACUCCUCCACCCACCACCAUUCAGUUUCAGUCCCCUCACGCGCGCCAUGCAUCGUCUCGUUCCCUGGCCACAGCCGUCGCCGUUCGCAAAUCAAAGCAACUACCUGCCCCAAAGACCCCCGCUGACAUCGUUCGUGAGAAUGUGGACGCCGUCCGUCUCCGUGCUGACCGCCUGCGCGAGGCCCUUGUCCAUGUAUUGGGAUCGCAAGACAGCGACGACAAUCACGACAGCCAUCAGGCAGCUGUCAAUGACGCUCUUGUUCUUUUGUUCACCACCGUCGUCAUCAUUCCACUCACGCGUCGUUUCGGUAUCUCCCCGAUUUUGGGCUUUCUUGCUGCCGGUAUUGCCUUGGGACCGAAUGGAUUUGCCCUGGUAAGGGAUGUCGGAACCAGUAAGGCUUUGGCGGAACUAGGAGUCGUUUUUUUCUUGUUUGAAAUGGGUCUUGAGCUGUCCACGAGCAAGCUCAAGUCUCUCGGUGCUGAUGUGUUUGGCUUGGGAACUUCCCAAUUUUUUGUCACCGGUGCCCUCAUCACCGCUGCGACGGUCAUGGCGGGUAUCAACAUCCAGGCGGCAAUCGUAAUCGGUGCAGGCCUGGCAUUGUCAUCCAGCGCCUUUGUCCUACAGCUCCUUGGCGAACGUGGAGAGGUCGGCACUCGUUUUGGACGUGCCGCUUUCGGGAUCCUACUCUUCCAAGAUCUGGUUGUCGUCCCAGUCCUUGUCCUCACCCCACUUCUAGCAGGAUCUGGGGGAGCCGCAGCAGUUGGACGCGCCAUUUCUAUUGCGUCUGUGAAGGCCGCAGUUGCCCUGGCGGCUAUUUUUUUGAUGGGGAAGAAUCUGCUUCAACCCGUAUUCCGCUUUGUCGCUCGCGCGAAGAGCCCGGAGGCAUUCAUUGCCGUGAUUUUGCUUACAGUUCUUGGUACCUCAUCUCUUACUCAAGUGCUGGGUCUGAGUGAUACCCUCGGAGCGUUUUUGGCUGGAGUGAUGCUCGCGGAGACUAAGUUCAGGCAUCAGGUUGAGGCCGAUAUCAAGCCCUUUCGGGGGUUGCUGCUCGGACUCUUUUUCAUCACAGUCGGCUUUUCAAUAGAUUUGCAUCUUGCGUGGACAAACAUCGGAACUGUGGUAUCGCUUGUGACAGGACUCCUUGCGAUAAAGGCUGGUGUUAUUGCGGCAGCCGGUGUUGGAUUCGGGCUUAGUAUAGGUUCGGCUUUGAGAACAGGACUGCUGCUCUCACAAGGUGGCGAGUUUGCCUUUGUUAUCUUUGGGCUGGCUCAGCGUGUAGGUGUGCUGCCUGCUGACCUUUCACAACUUUUAUUGCUCGUAGUCGCACUGUCGAUGGCCAUGACUCCGUUCUUGGCCGAUAUCGGAAGACGAAUUUCAUCUAGCCUUGAAAAGAAGCGAGGGCUCAUCGGUGUGAGAAUGGAAGACGCAGAUACUGCAGAUGCGCGAGACUUUGUUAUGGUUGCUGGAUGGGGCCGAGUGGGACAAUCCGUGUGUGAGAUGCUGGACGCCAAACUCGUACGAUACAUGGCAUUUGAUAUGUCACCAACUCGAGUUAUCGAUGCCCGAAACAAAGGUUUGCCAGUGUUCUUCGGGGACGCUUGCCAUCCGGAGGUCCUACGGUCUGCGGGCAUCGAGCGCGCUCGAGCGAUUGUCGUAACCUUGGAUGAACCAGAGCAAGCUCUUCGAGUCGUCCAAAACAUCCGCCGCGAGUUCGAAGAUAUUCAAGUUUUCUGCCGAGCCCGCGACGGCAAACACCAGAAGCUCCUGCAGGCAGCUGGAGCCACCGCUAUCGUGCCAGAGCUAUUGGAAGCUUCUUUACUGCUCGGUGGAGCAGUUUUGCUCGACUACGGAACGCCGCUGGAUGAAGUCAAUUCUUUGAUUGAGGAGGCAAGAGCAGAGAAUGUCACAGAGCUGGGAAUAGCAGACAGUCUUACGACAUCGUUGGGCUCAACCUUCAGGCAAUUUGGAGGCUUAGAAAAGACGGGCAAACCCAAGCCAGCGUCUCGGGCGGACGGUGACGGCGAAGAACCAAUGGAUGACGAUGAAGAAGAAGAAGAAACAAGCGCUCUUGAUGAGAUCUCUGUAUCCACUCAAGGAGACGCACCCUCAGAGGAAGUAUCGACGAUCGUUAAGAACCUAAGCGCCGAAGAGGAUAUCUACGAACCUGCGGAGAGCCCAGUAUUACCGAGUGAGGACAUUUAUGAACCUGCUGAAGUUGUCACAUCAAAAGAAGAACAAAAGAAGAAACCAGCAAGAAGUGUCGAAGACUCCGAAACAGAUAGUGUGCGGUGA